GCCACAGUCGGUCGUGGUCGAGCGAUGCCCGACGCCGCCGCCGCCGCCGCCGCCGCACCCGCCGCACCAGUCGCCGCCGCCGCCGCCGCCGCCGCCGCCGUCGUCGCGUGACGCGCCGCACUCGCGCACUGCAGCGCUCGCCCGGCUCGACGACGCUCGUCUCUCGCCCGUUCCGUAUAUGAGCUCAGUGUGAGUGCAAUACGUUCCGUACCGUUCCUGUGCUGGAUCUAUGUGCGAGGUUUCGUGAUACUCAAUCCCUGUGGAAACGAGGAACAUGCAUUAAGAUAUCAGAUUCGCAGGUGGCAGGCGCCCGGGGUCGGCGGCGGGUCGGGGCAGGGCGCGCGCGGUCUUGGCGCGAUGCGCUGACGCCAUGCGCCGCCGCCCGCGCCCGCGCCCGCACCGCCCGCACCCGCGCCGACCGACAUGCCGCGCCGCGCCGCGCCGCCCGCACUCGCGCUGCUGUUCGCAUUGCUGCUCGCCGGGUGCGGCGGCAACCCGGACGCCAAGCGGUUGUACGACGACCUGCUCAGCAACUACAACAAGCUGGUGCGGCCAGUGCUCAACGUCAGCGACGCACUCACCGUGCGCAUCAAGCUCAAGCUCAGCCAGCUCAUCGACGUGAAUUUGAAGAAUCAAAUAAUGACGACCAAUUUAUGGGUAGAACAGAGUUGGUACGACUACAAGCUGUCGUGGGAGCCGCGCGAGUACGGCGGCGUCGAGAUGCUGCACGUGCCCUCCGACCACAUCUGGCGACCCGACAUAGUACUCUACAACAAUGCGGACGGCAACUUCGAGGUGACGCUGGCGACAAAGGCGACGCUGAACUACACGGGGCGUGUGGAGUGGCGCCCGCCCGCCAUCUACAAGUCUUCCUGCGAGAUCGACGUCGAAUACUUCCCGUUCGACCAGCAGACGUGCGUCAUGAAGUUCGGCUCCUGGACCUACGAUGGAUUUCAGGUGGAUUUACGGCACAUAGACGAAACGCGAGGCACCAAUAUAGUGGAGCUCGGCGUAGACCUCUCCGAAUUCUACACCUCUGUUGAGUGGGACAUCCUUGAAGUACCUGCUGUGAGGAAUGAAAAAUUCUACACGUGUUGCGACGAGCCAUAUCUGGACAUAACGUUCAACAUUACGAUGCGUCGCAAGACGCUGUUCUACACGGUGAACUUGAUCAUCCCAUGCAUGGGCAUAUCCUUCCUCACCGUGCUCGUGUUCUACUUGCCGUCGGACAGCGGCGAGAAGGUCUCGCUCUCCAUCUCCAUCCUGCUCUCUCUCACCGUGUUCUUCUUGCUAUUAGCCGAGAUCAUCCCUCCUACUUCACUCGUGGUGCCGUUGCUCGGCAAAUUCGUGCUGUUCACUAUGAUUCUUGACACAUUUAGCAUAUGCGUGACGGUGGUGGUGCUGAACGUGCACUUCCGUUCGCCGCAGACGCACACGAUGGCGCCGUGGGUGCGCCGCGUGUUCAUCCACGUGCUGCCGCGGCUCCUCGUCAUGCGCCGCCCGCACUUCCGCGUCGACCCGCAUCGGAGCCGAUUUGCGGAGAUCGGGUUCGUGCCCAGCAGUGGAUUGCUGGGAGGUGAGCCGGUGCCCUGGGAGGACUGUGGCUCGGACGCGGGUGCGGGUGGUGGGGGUGGCGGGGGUGGGGGCGGCGCGGGCGGCGCGGGUGGCGGCGGGGCCGGGGAGGGCGGCGUGUGCCGCGCGUGCGCGUGCCGCCUGCACGACGCGCCCUCACUGUGCGACGCGCUGCGACGCUGGCACCGCUGCCCCGAGCUGCACAAGGCCAUCGACGGCAUCAACUACAUCGCCGACCAGACGCGCAAGGAGGAGGAGUCCACCAGGGUGAAGGAGGAUUGGAAGUACGUGGCGAUGGUCCUCGACAGGCUGUUCCUAUGGAUCUUCACGCUGGCGGUGGUGGUGGGGUCGGCGGGCAUCAUCCUGCAGGCGCCGACGCUGUACGACGAGCGCGCGCCCAUCGACGUGCGCCUGUCGGAGAUAGCGUACGCGACGGCCAAGCCGCGCCCGCCGCCGCCGCGCUGAGCCGCGCCCCGAAGGCCCGAGUCGCGCCGGCGCGGUUUUUAUAUUUGUUACCGGACCCGCCCCCGCGGCGCCGCGAGCUGUCCGUUCCGUCUCUUCCGGCGUCCGGGGACGCCGCACCGUUAUUAUACGAAUGUUGUAAAUAAUAUACAUAUUAUAGUUUAUACGACGAGCGAUGCUAUUGAGAAUGAGUCGAAUUUCUUUUGAUAGAGACGAAAUAAACCGAUCGUUUAUAA